AUGUCGGGGAAGAAAGCCAGGGCGGCCGUGGCUGUGCAACAGCCAACACCGCCAACGCAUGACGACGACGACGAGUCGGAUGUGGAUAUUGUAGUGGACGGCGCAGAAGGGAAGGCCGAUGCGGAGUUGGAGCUGGAGAGGCUUGUGUUCGGUGACAGUGCUGCCUUCAGAGCAGGCUUGGCUGAGCUCGUGCAGCCGGAAGAGGAAAGUGUGGAUGCGGAAGGCACGACUGGGUAUGAGGGUCUGGACGAUGCGGAUUUGUUCUUCGUCGACACUGGAGUGACGGAUGAUGCGACACGACCCACGGUUGCUGCAACUUCAGAUGAAGACGACACUUUCCCCUCCCGACAUCCACCGGCGUGGGAAGACAGCGACGAUGAGCGGAUGCUCGUCUCCCUCGCUUCUGCACCUCGUUUGCGAAAGCUACGACGUACCGAAGCCGAGGAUGUGAUCGAUGGCAAAGAGUACACCAAGCGACUGCGCCGACAAUUCGAAGUGCUCCAUCCUCGACCGGAAUGGGCGCACUAUGCGCUGCAGCAACCAGCGCGGAAGAAGCGACGCAUCUCCGGCCCUAACGAUUCCGAAGACGUCGAAGAAGGAGCCUCCGAUGAUGAGAUGGACGUCGACCUGCCCACCGUAGCCCCGCUCUCAAAACUCCUCCAAGACGCCGAAAGCCUCGUCCGCUCCUCCUCCGGACCCGGACGAGGCAAAAAGCGCAAACUCCGCCCUGAAGUCCUUGAUAUCCAACGGAUGAAAGACAUCCCCGGCACGCAACCCUCGGCAAUAACAUCCCUCUCCUUCCACCCUCAACUUCCUCUCCUCCUGUCCUCUGGACCUUCAUCCACUCUGUACCUACAUCAAAUCGCCUCGUCCCCUCCAGCACCCUCCCCGAACCCGCUCCUCACCAGCCUCCACCUCCGCGGCACAGCACUGACAACCACCGCCUUCCACCCCCACGACUCGCGCAUCUUCCUCUCCGCCCGGCGAAGAUACUUCCACAUCUGGGACCUGCAAACCGGCCGUAUCGAAAAGGUCACCCGAGUCUACGGCCACCAGCACGAACAGCGCAGUAUGGAGCGCUUCAAACUCAGUCCGGAUGGAAACUACAUGGCCUUACUGGGGUCCGCGCGCAAAGGCGGCGCCGUCCUCAACCUCCUCUCCGCGUCAACCCUGCAAUGGAUCUCCCAAGUCCGUAUCGAGGGUCGCGGCGGGAUCGCAGAUUUCGCCUGGUGGCGGAACAGUCAGGGUCUGUGCAUCGCGAGCAAAAGUGGCGAGAUCACCGAAUGGUCCGUCAUGUCGCAAUCAACGGUAGCCCAAUGGCAGGACGAAGGCGCCGUAGGCACUACGACCCUUGCGUUGGGAGGACAGCAUGAACUCGUCAAAGCAAGCAUUGGCCAUGACCGUUGGGUCGCUGUAGGCAGCAGCUCCGGCAUCGUCAAUCUCUACGAUCGCCGCAAGUGGCUCGAACAUCCACCAGCAUCUACCACUCCUCUCCCCUCGGCCGCCGAAAGCAACGCGCAGCCCGUCCCCGCCCACCCCAAGCCCACACGCGUCCUGGAACACCUGACCACCCCGACCUCCCACCUCACUUUCUCCCCCGACGGACAAAUCCUGGCUAUGGCGUCGAAAUGGCAGCGCGAUGCGUUGAGGUUGGUGCAUUUGCCGAGUUGUACGGUGUUUAAGAAUUGGCCGACUUCGGCGACGCCGUUGGGAAGGAUCACGGGGGUUGCUUUUGCGGGUGGGGAGGUUGUUGGGGAGAGGGAAGGCAAUGGGGCUGUGCAUUCGGUUUUGGCGGUGGGGAAUGAGCAGGGGAAGAUUAGGGUUUGGGAGAUUAGGUAG